AUGACCAUCAGGGAAGAGGGUACAAAAGACGACGCUGAAGACGAAGAAGACGCUAAAGCCGUAAAAGAUGCUGAAGAAGAAGAAGAUGCUGAGGAGAAGGUGCCAGCGACGGAAAACCAAGGAAAGAAACGUUCGAUUUCGGAGGUGGAUUAUGAAGAAUUGGUGGGUGUCCCUGCCUUUAAGAAAGAGCACGACUCCUGGGCAAGUCUCGAGGUGAGUUUGCGCGAGUACAUGGAGAGAACGCAUCAGAAGAUAGUUAUCAAGGACGUCAUACACACCGCUCGGCGCAACGCUACGCUCUCAAGUUCGAUACAAGGGCCUGCCGUCCCCCUUGUCCCGUCGGAGCUGCAGCCCUUCCAGCGCAAGUUUAUCUGUACUCACGGCUGGUCGGAGCGCGAGAGAUCUACGGGAAAACGAACGUCUCACACCUUACGUCGCGCGGAGUGCCCGUUCCAGAUGCUGGCCCAGCUGACGAAGAAGGCGGAUGGAUCAUGGGGUGUCAUGAUGAGGCGGGAGAUCUACCAGCACAACUACUUGAUCUCGGAGGAUAUCUACAGGUAUUAUCCAGGUAUUCGCCAGGUAUCAGACGACUCGCCUCUUCUACCUGGCGUCGAGGUAUUGUGCCUUUCCAAAGUUUUGGUCAAUCUGACCUUUAAAGGCUGGUCCUAA